CAAAACAAUACGAAAGGAAGCAAAGGCACAAAGUUCUCUUUCCUUUCCGGGCGCAAAUCACAGUUAGAAAAGCAUUGCAUAGGUAGCGAAAGGGACUGCUCAUAGCUUGUAGUUGGGUGUGGAAAAAUUCGCGAAGAAGUAAACUCAAAUCUACUCCCCCCACCCUCACAACAUACCAUUAUCUCUCUGAAUUGGGAAAAGACCUUUUUAAGCUUCUUCAUACAGAGAUCAUUAGUGUUUUAAUCAUCAGUUUAUAGAAAUCUGAGAAGCAUAUAAAAAUGGAUCAGAUAUUGAACAAAGUGGGUUCCUACUGGAUUGGUAAGAGAGCUAACAAGGAGCUCAAUUCCGUCGGCGAUGACAUUAACUCAUUGCAAAGCAGUAUUGAAGGAGGAACAAAAUGGCUGGUGAACAAGCUUAAAGGAAAAAUGCAAAAGCCAUUGCCAGAUCUUUUGAAGGAGUAUGAUGUUCCAGUAGGUAUUUUCCCUCGGGAUGCCACCAAUUACGAGUUUAAUGAAGAGACAAGGAAGCUCACUGUCUAUAUACCCUCUGUAUGUGAAGUUGGUUACAAGGAUUCAUCUGUAUUACGCUUCUCUACAGAAGUUACUGGAUUUUUAGAAAAAGGAAAGCUAGCUGACAUUGAAGGAAUGAAAACGAAAGUGAUGAUGUGGGUAAAAGUUACUGCCAUCUCAUCUGAAAAAUCCAAGGUUCAUUUCACAGCUGGGUUGAAGAAAACCCGGAGUAGGGAGGCUUAUGAGGUUUUGAGAGAUGGAGUAGCUAUUGAAAAAUUCUAAGUGACAUAACUGGCUUUGAACGUUCGAUAUACUAUACUAUGAGACCAUCCUAAGGACUCAGAAUUACAACUUGUGUAUUAUCAACACUUUGUUCCUUCUUUGUUUGUGUUGCUGCAAUUACUAUGUUGAUAAUUCUAUGUUCGGAGCAGGGGAAAACUGAAAAUUUCCAGUGAGGAAUCAAUUCCAUUCAACUAGUUUUGUUCAACGUUUGAGUGAUUUGAAACUAUUUCAACUAUAGAGUAGCUUCUGACAUAUUGGAAUAACAUAUUUUAACAAAUUUUGUGAA